CUGUAAGUCAGCGUGGGACUCGGGGCGUGGUUUAGUCCGAGGGCGCGAGCGGCUGUUCUGUUCGGCGGAACCGGCUGCUUCUCUCUCUGUCUCCUGGGCGAAGAUGAGGGAGUGAGCGAAGGAGGGACGGGUGAGAGAGAGAGAGAGAGAGAGAGAGAUUGGCUGCCGUGCGGUCAUGGCUUCCCCCCUCGCGAACAUGGGAGCGGGAGAAGGGCACAGAGACGGCGAGCGCAGCUCCGGGGAAGAAGACGAGGCGGCUGCUGCUGCUGCCGGCGGUGCGGUGGGACUGGGGGAGUCCCCGGGCCCCGGCUCCGACUCGGAGAGCCGCUCCUCGUCGCCGCUGAUCCUGGCGGUGCAGUUCGAGCGGGCGGCGCAGCGGGCGCCGGUGCUGGCGGCGACGGCCGCCAAGGAGCAGCUCCUCUACCUGUAUGCGCGCUACAAGCAGGUAAAAUGUGGUAGCUGCAAUACUCCCAAACCUGGAUUUUUUGACUUUGAAGGAAAGCAGAAGUGGGAAGCUUGGAAAGCAUUGGGUGAUAAACCUCCUGAGCAGGCAAUGCAAGAGUAUAUUGCUACUGUGAAGAAACUGGAUCCCACUUGGAAUCCACAGAUAGCUGAGAAGAAAGGGAAGGAAGGAAAAUCUGGGUUUGGAGGCCCAGUUGUCAGCUCACUGUACCAAGAAGAAACUAUCAGGGAAGAAGAUAAGAACAUAUUUGACUACUGCAGAGAAAACAACAUUGACCAUGUAACCAAAGCCAUCCGAUCAAAAAAAGUGGAUGUGAAUAUGAAAGAUGAGAAGGGCAGAGCUCUGCUGCACUGGGCAUGUGACAGAGGACACAAGGAGCUAGCUUCAGUAUUGCUACAGCACACAGCCGAUGUGAACAGCCAGGACGAUGAAGGCCAAACAGCAUUGCAUUAUGGAACCAGAGACCUGUGCUUGCAUGUCUGCACAGCAAAGCUCUUGGACACAGUGCCAGGGUCGAUAAAUUGCCAUCAGCAUGCAACUGUUGCAGAAAAAUGCUUUGUUGUUACCUCUAACUGGUGUGCCGUGGUUGUAGCAUGGAUUUACAUUUGUGCCUCCUGCAAGGAGAAGGGUAGAUUUUGUAAAUUCACCCUAUCCCUUGGGCUCAUUGAACCCUAGAAUGCUUCCCUUUUUAGUGUGGGGGCUGUGCAGAUAAUUUCUAUUGAACUUUGGAGGAAAGAGGUAAGAGUAGCACAGGCAAAACAACCAGUUAAGGGGUAAGCACCUACAUGCAGAUGUCUUAAUUCAGCUUCGAUGAUCUCCUUCCUAACCCAUUACUGCAUCAAAUCCCUUCGCUAGAGCUAACACCAUAUUAGAGAGCAAAUGCAAUAUAUUUUUUCCAUAUGAAAAUGAAAAAUUUCAAAGGACUCAUUGAACAGAUAACAGUAGAAUGCAAAUUUACUUCUUGGUCUCCAUUUGAUCAUCUGUUGUGGGGGAAUAUCCUUGCUGCUUCUGUGCUAUAUCAUUAAUACAACUAGUUCUUGAACUAAUAUGUUGUAAGUUUAAUACUUGUCUCCUGCAAUAAGCACAUUUUUCUGCUCUGUUCUUGCAGAUUUUAAAGAAAAUUUUGUUCCCAAGACUAAAGAAUACCCAUAGUUACUGGUCGUGCUCGCUCUCUCUCUCUCUCUCUCUCUCUCUCUCUCUCUCUCGCGCGCGCGCUCUCUCUCUCUCUUGGCUAAUUGAAUUUUGAAGUCUAAAGAAAGUUUGUAAAUAAUUCUUGAUGAAUUGGCAAGGUACAACUGCAAUAAUGCCACAUAGGCAAGGGAGAUGUCAAGACACUGGCAUAAUGCAGUAACAGAUAAAGCACUUUAAAGUCACAUUUAUUUCUAUGGGAGAGGUAAGCACAUCUACAUCUCUCCCACUGAAACCAAAAGGACUGUAAAGUGCUUACCUUUUGGCAAGAUGGUGCCAUAUUUUUACAAGUUUCAGCCAUGUCCAAGUAGGUAUACAUGCAAAAGAAACCCCAAACUCUGCAAUGUUCAUAUAUAGUUGAGCUAAAAAUUGCAAUCUUUCCAUUGCUUUAGUUCUAGCACAGUCUGAAAUAUGAUUUCCAUGCAGUUCCAUUCUAGAGAUUUCUUUUGUGCUUAGAAUGAUGAACCUUCCCUCCCUGAACAUGUGCAAACUUAUGGUAUUUUGGACUGAGCACCUAUAAGUGAAAAAUAGGCUUGUACAGUAUGAAUGUCUGAAAAAAAAUUAAAAUGUCCGCCCUAAAAGUUCAGGCGAAAUAUACUUGUACCUAUUUUCAAUUCUUCAAUCUAAUUCCAACGGUGAAGUAGUGGCGAUACUGAAAUAAUUGCUUUCUCUUUUAGAGUGAAAGAUACGAGCUCGUCAGUAAUAAAACUGCAUUAGCCUCGGUACUAUAAAGAGUCAUGGUAAUAAAUGACAUAGAAGAAAGGCUACAUAUUUGUGAUGUACUAUUAGUAAGGUAUUAGAAAUGUGGAUAUAUUUAGACACUUGGGCGAGAUGGUGUUGAAUUGUGGCAUUGGCAGUGAAGUGCCAUCACUUUUUUCAGCAGGGCUUAUGUUACUGGCUUGUUUGUGAGUUUCCUCAGUCUCCCGUCUAAUCCUCACUGAGUUGCAUUUCCUUAAUGCCCUAGUUUACCCCUAGUAAAUGUGCUGGGGGUAAAUCAAAGACUGGUUCUAAACCAACUGAAUGUUUUCUGGAUUUGAACUGAAAAUGCUGUUGUGUACUGUUCAGAAGCAACAUGAGGCCAUUUCACACAGGAUUAGUAGCCAAAGGAGGUAUACAUUUUAGUAGCCAACAUAGGUUUUUAAAAUAGCACUCCACAGUCCAAAGUAUUAUGCAAAAAGCAGCCUUGGAGCCCCCUGUAUAAUCUGGGAGGGGGAAUUAUUUCAUUUGUGCAGGCACAGUGCCAAUGACAUGUCUAUACCUGUUUGUUUGUUUGUUUGUUUGUUUGUGGUAAUGCUUGAAAUUUAAUUGUACAUUUUCCAGCUCUUUCAGCAAAUACAUUGAGGGUGCUUUCCUUU